AUGGCCUCGAGGCGAUACCGCACACGCCAAGCAUGUUCUGCAGCAUGGCUGCCAGCCCCGGGCCGAGUGUGCAAUGUGCAUGUCCAGUUACGCAAUGUUGUGAACCCAGGUGAACCCUUGCGGCAGACCGGACUCACGAGCAGGAAGACAGUCAUUCCCUUCUUAUACGCCCUCCAAUCCAUAGCCAAAGUUGGUAUGACAGGUCUUGUGCCUGUCGAAGACAAUCCAACUUCUAUCAAUGACCUCACAUCUCACAUUUAUGGCAAGCUCGAGUCUCCAGUAGCAGGUGGAUCCUUUGGUCAGGUUUAUCGGCUUAUCAUCGAGACUGGCAAAGGCAAAGCGGAGGUCGCAGUGAAGGUCUUCGUAGUUGAUCAUCCAACAGCUAUGGGGAAAAUUAAAAAAAGAAUGUAUCGGGAACUCAAGGUGUGGCUUAGACUGAAACACCCGACUAUCGUGCCGCUACUUGGCAUCGCAAAUGUCGAUUCUUCAUUACCGGCUCUCGUUUCACAAUGGAUGCCAUUCGGAACAUUAUAUGUCUAUCUCGAGGAAACAACCCUUACUGCUUCCGCUAAAGUUGGUUUAGUGAAGGGCGUCGCUGACGGUCUCAACUAUCUUCAAUCAAUGAAUGUCGUUCACGGGGACCUUCACCCCGGAAAUGUACUCAUAGAUGGUUCUAGGAAUCCGCGCCUCACUGAUUUUGGUCUUGCAACAAUCGAAGGAGAUGGGGAGUUACAGUUGAAUUCGACCACCGCCGAACGCAGUUUCAAUUCUCGAUGGCGGGCGCCUGAAGUCAUCGGACUCGAAUAUGAUCCUGAAAGACCGACUUUCAUGAGUGAUAUAUAUUCUUUUGGUGGUGUUAUGUUCUUUACCGUCUCGGGGGAUAUCCCAUGGAAAGAAAAGAAAUCGCAUCAGAUCUGCAUUGCGCUGUCAAAAAAUGCCACACACGCACGACCUAAUAACAUGCUCGACAAUCACUGGAAGCUGAUCCAAAGAUGCUGGUCUUGGGAACCGGGCCAUCGCCCAAGGGCCGCAAGAGUUCUUCAAUACAUCGAUCAGUUUAGGACCGAUAAUUCACAGGAUCGACAACCUAAGUUGCCCAGUCGGGGACUGGCAGACUUGACGGGCCAGAUUGUUUGUACAAUGGGCGACCUUGUCACUGCAGGUGAUUUUGGAAUAGUUUACAAAUGUAAUUGGAAACGGCCGACAGGUUCUGUGAAGGUUGCAGUAAAAGUCAUCAAAGUUGACGUGCCAGAGCUAGAUUUACAGGGAGUUCGACGCGUGGCUGAGAACUGGGCUGCCCUCACACACGACAACAUCGUUCCUGUGUUGGGGACGACAGGAGGAUUUGGGCUUGCUCUAGCUCUUGUUCUUCCAUGGUUCCAGAGCGCGUCUGGCCUUUCCUAUCGUUCGUCCUUCUUCCAUUCUAAGUUUGCUCCCACCGACAUGGUUGCCGUCAGUUCAUGGGCUGGGUAUGGUUCAUGGAGACAUUACGAGUUUGACAUCAAGAAAGGAGAAUACGUAGCGUGCUUAACAGACUUCGGUCUGGCGACAGUUCUCAGUGGUCGUUUAGGUGACCGCACAAUCGGAUCAAAUGUUCGAACUGGUGCCAUCAGGUGGAUCGCGCCCGAGUUGCUGAAGGCCGAUGACCAACCUGCACCAACCACGCAAAACGACAUGUAUUCAUUUGGUCGCGUCAUGUUUCAUGUGUUAACACUGGUCAUUCCUUGGAAUGGUAUAAACGACAUGGUAGUUCUUCAAAGAAUUCUUGGAGGAGAAGACAUUUCUCGUCCUGCGACACCCGAUGUGACAACCGCACGCUGGAAUGAGAUUGCACAAUGCUGGUCGUGUGAUGUAUCUGCUCGUCCUUCUGCCACAAUGGUCAUCAGCUUCUUGAGGAGCGAGCUGGAGGCUUUGACAGACGACGAUAUCUCUGUUGGCGGAGUGGGAAAAAGUCAUUCAACCGCAAUAUUUGAUGCAGAGCAAGGAAAUACAUCCAUUAAUGUUAUGCCCUCCAAAUCCAAGGUCGUGCAGAGUGGAAAGCGUCAACGCACUUUGACAGCCAUCGUCAAUACUGUCACACUCUCAGGCUCCCAAAGAGGAUCCAGGUUGGGGAGAACAGACGCAGGGCAGCUCGCGGGGAACACAAAUGUCCCUGAGUGCAUCACCCAGUCUAGGGAUGCCGACUCACAGGCAUCCACCUCGGAACCCUCACCUCUUCCCGAAAUACAAUUGGCGCUGGCAGAAGAUCUGACAGGCCAGAUCUUCGGUGCGAAAAACGACUACAUCGCCAGUGGUGGAUUCGCAGAUGUUUACAAAUGUGAAUGGAGACGGCCGUCGGGUCCUGUCAAGGUCGCAGUAAAAACCUUCAGGUAUUGCGGGGAUUUCCCCUUAGAGCAGGACUUAAGAAGGUUUCGACGAGAAACUGCAAUAUGGGCAAACCUCGAUCACGACAAUAUCGUCACGCUUUAUGGAACGACAGAGGAUUUUAGGCCAACUACAGCCCUUGUCUCCCAGUGGUUUCCGGACGGCACACUGCUCCGUCUGAUCACAGAACAGGGUGCUACAUUAACCAUCAAGUCCAAAUUGAAGCUGCUUCACGGCGUAGCAUCUGGGCUCUACUAUCUUCACCUUCAUUCUUUAACCGUUGUUCACGGUGACAUUACGAGCUUCAACGUGUUGGUAGAUCUGAAGGACGGAGAUUACAAGGCUUGCCUAACAGACUUCGGUUUGUCAAAUGUCAUCUGCGGACGCUUCAAAGACCACCCAAUUGAAGGAUCGUCUGUUCGGCCCGGUGCAAUCAGGUGGGCUGCGCCCGAGUUGUUCGGGCCUUCCGAUAUCAAACCGACCACGCAGAACGACAUGUACUCUUUUGGUCGUUUGUUGACUCUAGUCAUUCCUUGGCAUGGUAUCAAAGAUAUCAGAGUCUUUCAAAAAAUCCUCAGUGGAGAGGAUAUCCCGCGUCCUGCGAUAUCCGACGCAACGUCUGACGUCACAGACGCUCGCUGGAAUCAUAUCGAGCGGUGUUGGUCAACUGAUCCAUCUGCUCGUCCAUGUGCCCUCACAGCUAUGAAUUUCAUAACAAGGGAACUAGAGGAUUUGAGACAAGAUGAUAUCCUUGUUGACGGGGUACAGGAAAGUGAUCACAGUGCAUACCCGGCGGAGCAGGCUGGCAUUUCGACCGCACCGCCGUUUCGGUCUUCCCCGCGAACCCUUGUUCAAUCACGCAAGGCCGCUCACUCUAGUCCCCUAGCAUACCAUCACUUAUCUACAGUGAGCGUCUAA